AUGCUCAUUCCCUCCUUUCGAAACCUCUGCUUCGUUAUCUUCACAGCUUUCCUCGUUCUCAGCGAUGUGCUUCUUGCCUAUGAUAUAUCCAAGAAAUUAGCUCCACAAGGACCCCUAGGUGUGACACUAGAUCGUUCCGUUGCCAUCAAUUUUCCAAAGGAAAACGACCCGAAAGACGACACAGUCUACCGAUCUUGGCUAUUCAGCACCCAUCUUAAGUUCAAGGACCCCGUCAGCGAAAUCAGCGACGGUCAGCUCUGGCAAAUAGCAAGAGAUGCAGUUGACGAGAUGAUAAAAGAUGUCGAGCAAUACGGCAUCAGUGCCAGGAGUGUACCAAACGCGCUGGCGGUCCUGGCAUGGGACCACGAAAUUAUCCUCUCGUCUUCCCAGAAGGGCGGGGCUUCUUUUACAUACGAUUAUGGGGACAGUCCCGUUCUCGAAAGCCUUCGUCUUUGUCAAGCGAUUUGGAAGGACGACGGCCCCUUUGGGAAUGAUAAGGAGCAUAGGACGGGAGCUAGUUGCGCGGAACCUAUGGCGGCUCACUUAUAUUAUGCGACUACUGGCGAACCCCUCGACACCAAAAAAGCGAGGGUUGGCACAUGGACGAGGAGAAAAAAGGGAUGGGAGCAGACAGAUCCAUGUGGGACACCUGAAAAGGACCUGUGGGGAUGCAAUCUUUUUGUCGCGGCUGAGGGCCUUACGGUAUUAUCCCCGGAUAAAGACCCUGAAGAAUAUGACAUAAAGACCCUGGCAGGAGGAGUGACUGCAAGCGAUCAAAUCCAGUUAUGCGCUGUCGGGGCAAGCGAAGGUUGA